CAUUUCUCUAAGUUUAUGGUUAAAUUAGCGUCUACUAGACGAUUAUAUACCUCUCGAAGAAGGUUAAUAUGUUCUUCGAAUGUCGAGGAUGUGAUAAUAAUAUUGUCCAGAUAUACAAAUACCUUGUCGCUAAAUUUUGGACCUAGAAUACUGUCCAUCAAUCUUUGUGUUAUUUGUGCCGCAUUUGAUAGUCCGAAGCGCAAAGUUUUAAAAUGGAACAGUCCGCGUCCCGGUACGGAAAAAGCAGUUUUUUCCUUACUGUCCUCACUAAGAGGUAUCUGCCAAAAAGCACUACGUGUUCCGGAAGUCUUGUCGGUUCUUGUCGAUGUACAAGGUCUGUCAACGUAAGCUAGAUCUGUCUCCAUACAGCUAGAAAGUUUUGGUGGCGUAUACUUGUUUUGGUGUUGUGUCGCCUCGUCUAUUUUUUUACAAAGAGAAAUUAAUUCUGUUGUGGAGUUUAUAUCAGUUAGAGCUAAACGUUCUAUGUACUUGGGCAAAAUAUUGCGCCUAAUUAUUUUUAAUUGUUCCGCGUUGGACAUAGGAGAUAAUAAACGAUUGAAUAAAUUUUGCAUAGUUGCAAUAAACAUAGCUAUAGGUUCAUUACGGCCCUGAGUCCUACUUUUAAUUUCGUCUAACAGUUCUUCAUUAUAAUUUGAAGACAAAAAUACUUCUUCUAAUUUUUUAAUUAAAUCUGGCCAAGUCGUAAUUUCGUGCCUGAUCGAUCGAAAUCAAAUU